GUCUGCACACUGAAGGGAGAAAUGGCGAGUAACAGGGUGCAUGCUGCUUUACCUGACCCUCCUAAUCAAAGUGAAGAAGAACACAAAGCAGAACAGAAGGCUUUUGAGAAUUUUUUUGCAGAGCUAGAAUCCGUGGACUUGCCUCUUGGAACCACCUUAAGGUCUAUUUAUGAUGACCAGCCCAAUGCCCACAAGCGCUUCAUGGAGAAGCUGGAUGCCAGGAUAAGGAAUCAUGACCGUGAGAUUGAAAAGAUGUGCAAUUUCCAUCAUCAAGGCUUUGUGGAUGCCAUCACAGAGCUCCUCAAAGUCCGUGCUGAUGCAGAGAAGCUGAUGGGUCAAGUGACAGACACUAAUCGAAGACUACAAGAAGCUGGGAGGGAGGUGACAGCUCAGACAGAGGAGGUGAUUCGCUGUCGGAUCCAGCAGAGGAACAUGGCGACCACUGUGGAGAAGCUCCAGCUCUGUAUACCAGUACUAGAAAUGUACAGCAAAUUAAAGGAGCAACUGGAAUCCAAAAGAUACUAUGCUGCACUGAAAACCAUGGAGCAGCUAGAGAAGGUCUACAUCCCAAGGGUCAGUCAGUACAGGUUCUGUCAGAUCAUGGCUGAAAACCUGCCUAGACUGAGAGAGGAGAUCAAAGAGAUCUCCAUGUCAGACCUCAAAGACUUCCUGGAGAGCAUUCGAAAACACUCAGACAAAGUUGGAGAAACUGCCAUGAGACAGGCGCAGCAGCACAGGACCUUUAACAGCGCAGUAGCAAAGCAGGCCAGUAUGGGCCACUACACCAAACCUGUGUACUCUCUCAAUGGACGAACUCACACUCCCAAUGGCCAGUUAAUGGAUGAUGACACAGGAGACGAGGAAGAAGCUGACGAAGAGAUUCUUACAGCUCAGGACCUGGUGGACUUCUCACCUGUCUACAGGUGUCUGCACAUUUAUACUGUACUGGGUGACCGAGAAACAUUCGAGAACUACUACAGGAAACAAAGGAAAAAACAGGCCCGACUUGUACUGCAGCCACAGGCCAACAUGCACGAGACAGUGGAAGGCUACAGGAAAUACUUCAAUCAGAUUGUAGGGUUCUUUGUUGUGGAAGACCACAUCCUCCAUGCCACGCGGGGGCUGGUGACCAGAGCUUUUACUGAUGAACUGUGGAACAUGGCUUUGUCCAAGAUCAUUGCUGUGCUUCGCACACACUCUUCAUACUGUGAUGACCCAGACCUGGUCCUGGAGCUGAAGAAUCUUAUAGUUAUCUUCGCUGACACGCUGCAGGGAUAUGGGUUCCCAGUGAACCGGCUUUUUGACUUGCUGUUUGAGGUUCGAGACCAGUACAAUGAAACACUGCUGAAGAAAUGGGCGCUGGUUUUCAGGGAGAUCUUUGAGUUGGACAAUUACAGUCCCAUCCCUGUGGACACAGAGGAGGAGUAUAAACUGGUUGUUAGCCGUUUUCCCUUCCACGAUGCUGAAAUAGAGAAGCAGGACUUUCCUAAGAAGCUGCCGAUGUCCCAGUCUGUCCCUCAGAUUUACACACAGGUCAAAGAGUUUAUUUACGCCAGCCUGAAGUUCUCAGAGUCACUACACCGCAGUUCAACAGAGAUCGACGACAUGUUGCGGAAAUCGACUAACUUGCUGCUGACAAGAACUCUUAGCAGCUGUCUGCAAAACCUCAUCAAAAAACCACACAUAGGACUGACUGAGCUGGUUCAGAUCAUCAUUAACACCACACACUUGGAGCAGGCCUGCAGGUAUCUGGAGGAGUUCAUUACAAACAUCACCAAUGUCUCCCCUGAAACAGUUCACACCACAAGACUCUAUGGCUUGUCCACAUUCAAGGAUGCUCGUCAUGCAGCAGAGGGAGAGAUUUAUACCAAACUGAACCAGAAGAUUGAUGAAUUCAUCCAGCUAGCAGACUAUGAAUGGGGCAUGGCUGAGUCAGACGGCCGUGCCUCAGGAUACCUCAUGGACUUGAUCAACUUCCUGCGGUCCACUUUCCAGGUCUUCACACACCUGCCGAAUAACAACAAUGACCAUGCAUCAAUGUCGGGAAAGGUGGCCCAGACUGCUUGCAUGUCGGCAUGUAAGCAUCUGUCCACAUCACUGAUGCAGAUGCUGCUGGACACGGAACUCAAACAGAUCAGUAUGGGAGCCAUUCAGCAGUUCAACUUAGAUGUCAUUCAGUGCGAAUUGUUUGCCAGCUCAGAGCCAGUACCUGGCUUCCAGGGAGACACACUCCAACUGGCCUUCAUUGACCUACGACAGCUCCUGGACCUGUUCAUGGUGUGGGACUGGUCGACUUACCUGGCAGACUACGGCCAGCCAACCUCCAAAUACCUGAGAGUGAAUCCAGCCACUGCCCUGGCUCUACUGGAAAAGAUGAAGGAUACCAGUAAGAAGAACAACAUCUUCUCUCAGUUCAGGAAGAACGACAGAGACAAACAGAAGCUGAUAGAGACUGUGGUCAAACAGCUGAGGAGCCUGGUCAACGGCAUGUCCUCCUAAGUGAACACACACACACACACACACACACACACACACACACACACAGACAGACAGCAGUGAUGUAUGUGUCUCAAAGAGGUAUACUGAGUGAAACAUGCAUGCAGUCACAUGCACACACUGAACUGCCAAGAAACCCACAGAGGAAAGACAUUUUGACACAUGUAAAGAAGUUGCAGCACACAACAUGGCGGUGACAUACAGAAGAACCACAAAGGGAGUUCUCUCUCACAGACACACACACACACACAGAAAGGCCAGAUAAACAGCUUACAUGCGCAUACUAGUUUCACACAUGACGGCACAGCAAUACACACACUGUUCAAGGCAUGCAGGGAUCUGACUCCUAGCAAUUACAACACACACACAUACCAAGUCAUAUCCUCUUGUUACUGUUAUAUCUUGACUGAAUACUCGAUGUAAAUAACAAACAUGCUAAACAGUUUACCAAACUCCUCACAGGAAUAAACAAUAAAAUGUUUGUAAAGUAUUUUUAAUGGCUAUGAUAAGACAAACUAUGUUUUGUACAUUUGUGAGAGUGCAAUGAUUGUAGCUGCAAAGGGGGACUGGUACAGCACAGGAAGUAACACGCAAGUACUGGGACAAUGAAAUCGCUAUCUUAAAUAUUCAAAGGAUGAUAUUGAAAUACAUUUUCUUGCCCUUCAUUCUGAAGAAUAACAUUGUUAUUCAGCAGAGAUCAAGUUAGGUAAAAAGCCACUGAUCAAGCUAUUCGUAAUGAAAUAACUAGUUCUAGUUGUGCCAGACAAAUGUCUUAUGGAUUUAAUAAGACUGUGACAAUUUAAAGGAUAAAGUUAGGGCUAUAUUUAAAGAAUAGUAUACCAACCAGUUAUGCAUUUACGGUGAAGACCCAAACCAAGCCAGACAAAUAGUCCUCACAGCUAAACAGAGCCAACAGUUCCCCCAACUGUGGGGAUCAAGGGUUCAGGUGUUUCUUUAAAUUUGUCACCACGUAUAUAUACACUGAAAAAAACUAUUAUUCUCAACCCCUAGUAUUUCAACAACAUUUGUCGUUUAAAUUGAAUUGAAAACAGAUUAUUGUAACCCAUUUCCAGACAACAUAAAGGAGGUCCAUAAACAGUUUAAUUUAGACGCUGUCUGUUAAACAUGAAGGAAGGAUUACCUUUUACUGCCUGCUCAUACCGGCAUUUAGAACUGUGGCAUUUGAUUUAGGUGGAAAUGCUAUUCGCUUUGAUUCUGCAAAUGAAUAUGCACUGAGCUUUAUAAUCUGCUUACAACUUGUUGAAAUUUGGCAUGCAGAUGUGCACUAUUCACCAAAUGCAAAUGUUCUUUACGCUGCUUUACGCAGCAUCUCAUAAUAUAAACUGCUCCGAUGAAGACAUUCGGCAGGGUUCUGUCAGUCAUUAGAAACAAGUGUGUGCUCUAAACGCAUUCCUUCUAUCAGCUGUUUUUGACUUGACACUCAGGCUUGUUGGCUCCUCUACAAUCUGUGGUUACCCAUUACAACCUUCUCUGUAAGAACCUGCAGCCACAUUUACAUUCAUCUUCAGGGAAUUCUAGCUCCAGCCUAAAGUUAUAUCACCAGACUGCCAGCACCACAAAGGGUAUUGAAUUAUCUUGUCCCACUUUCCCGUCUGAUGAGGCAUUAAGUGUAGUUUCUCCACAAUCUCCAGUUAAGAACAAUAUAACUUAAAUUUGGUAAUCAGCUCAGUAAACCGUUUUUAGAUGGUUACUCCGGCAUUAAAAUAUGAUGGAAAUGUAUCCAAUGGUGGCUCUGACAAAGCCCAAAUGAAAUCCUUGUCCCAAUACUUCAGCUGUUGUUACUGUGUAUGUUUGAGUGCAAAUAAAGGUGAUCCUGAGAAUACGGAUGGAUGGAAGAACAUGUGAAUGAAUGAUGACGUCCUCAAAGACUGAUGUUCAUGAAAAAAAAAGUGACGUUUUGUUCAACUCCUUUGUGGUUUUGCUUGCUUUCUUGUUUUUUUUUUUAUUUUCUGCCUCACAUUUAAGCCAACCUGCUUCGAGAGUCUCACAGUGACUGAACAUGGAGGAGCUCAACAGAGUAACGUGAUGUUUGAAGAGAGCAGAAAUGGUGGGAGUCCUUGCCAUCCAGAUUGUAGUUAGAAUCUUUACAUGUUGCCUGCACAUGAGAAUGUAAAAAAACGUGGGUAAGAAUCUGUAAAGUGGCUUGUUAAUUAUUUGAUCCGCCUUGUCUACAUAUACAAGUCGGACACAUAGCAUAGCACUUUAUACCAAAUAAUGCAAUCCUUUACAACAACACAAACAUUCACGCAGAUGCCAGUCAGGUCAUUGCAGCUUGUUGGACUGGUCUGCAUUAGAUCAUGCAGGUGGACACAUCUGGAUUCAUUCAGCGAAGACUCCAAGGAGCUGGUGGCAAUUUUGGGUUGGAGUGUCAAAGUGAAUACUGCAUGAAGCAACCACAGAAUAGAGGAUUUGCUUGUGAUGUCACCGUAUAGACACCUGGCAUUUAUGUGAUCUGCGUAUGUUUCUUGUAAAUACAAGCGGAACACAUUGAUCAGAAUGUAAGUGGAUCAGCCAGACCACCUCUGGAUGUGUACUGUGACCACGUCUGAAAACAUCGCUCUAAACCAAACCCAUCUAACAAGUUGAAAAGGAAAAAAAAGGGGACUCACGAGUCAUUUCUCUGCAAAGGAAGAAUAAUAUGAUACAUGCAGCAGCGUCACUUCAGGAGACAGGAGUACCUGUGUGUCAUUUAUCAUCUGCAGUCAAUCAGUGAGUGCAUGAUUAUCGUUUUACUGCGUUCACUGUGUGUAUGCAGUGUGGACUGUAUGACUUAUCCUAGAUAGACUUUACAGUAGAUGACAACAUAUAUGUCAUUUUGACACCUGCAGCCACCAAUUUAAGCACAGCUGCACUUCAGGACGGCACUGGGAGCGCAGUGCUUUUGGCUGUCAUGUGACUUUAACCUUGCACAUCGUAUCAGCCUGUUAGUAGAUUCUUGCAUUGCAUUAUUGAGAUCCAGUAGUUUGUUGUUGUUUUCCUUUUGUUUGUUCAGAAAUAUUAAAAAGAAUGCAAAAAACAAAAGUAAGAUUUUUAAAAAGUUGAUAAAUCAUGCAAUCAUAUUGAUAACAUCUCAAGAGACAUGCAGACAGAACCAAAAUAAUCAGAAAAAGAAGGAGCUUUGGGAGCAAAGUAUCUACAUUUACCAUCCAUGUAUCAUCUGAUCAGAACAGAAGCCACAAUAUUAUUCGAAGUGCAUAAAAAAAAAAAAAAAUUGUGGGGAAUGAAUUUCAGAUUCCAAGAUUUCAUAAAUAAUAGCAGGUGUAAAUGCACAGGCCUGUGAUCAGCAUCGUUAGUACCGGCGGAUAGCGGCUAAAUAAAGUCAGGCGCAUUUGAGCUUCCACAUAUAGACGGUUGUCAGAUCUGAUAACUGUUAAUUGUGCAAGAUAUUAGUUUGUUUCCCUCAAAGCAUCACUCUCUAAUAGCCGCCACAGCAGCGUCGGACCCUCUGGUGCGGAGGGUGCUCAGGUGUUUCCAUGUGAAAGAGAACACCACUAUAUGCCCCCAUCCUCCCUCCUGUCAGCUGUGAUGUUAAAAGUACCUGAUUCAUGCUUACAAGAAAGCAAGCCCCACGAGGAGCUUGUAAUGAUAUUAGUGAAUAUGUAUACGUAUAUAUUUAACUGCUUAAUAACUUGCAUUCUGUUUGUUUUUCCUUUUUGUUCCUCAGGGUGAAAUGAAGCUUUAGAAUUGCAAAACUUUCGAAGCACAGCAAUAAUGAAUUGGUUCCUUUACAGCCUCACAGGCAGGUUGACACUUAGCUCAGUCCUGCUCAUGAUUCCUGAAGACAAACAUUUUAUACUGAGACUGUUUCUAUUCUGUUCAUGUUUUGGGUCUGUGCUGUCCUUUCAGCAGGCGUUUUGCACUGAAAAUGAUUUUUUUUCUCUUCUUUUUUGAUUCAUUAUUUGCCUUUUAUUAAUAGUUGCCUGUAAAUGCCACUGUAUAUACUGCAUUUUUGUAAAGAAAAUGAUAGAGGUUUGUGUGCUACAAACAGAAUUGGAGGUUGACACUGUGAAGUGCAUCUCCAUCAACAACUAAAGUAAAUAUGUAAUUAAUAAGAGUUUCAAUUUGCAUUUGUUGCUUACUUGGUGAACACAGUUGAGCACAAUAUAAAGAGCUCAGUGAUUACCGUUGGUA